AUGCACGAUUUAAAAAAUAAAGUGGCGAUAGUCACAGGUGGUGCAAAUGGUAUUGGUGCCAGUAUAGUGAGGGAAUUCGUUAAAGAAGGCGUAAAAUAUGUGGCAAUUCUCGACGUAGUAGAAAAUACCGGUGCAGCACUUGAAAAUGAAUUAAACACAAAGUACGGUGUAGGAACUGUGUGUUUCUUCAAAUGUGACGUCACCAAAUCGGACCAGUUAUAUGACGUUUUCAAUAAAGUUAAAGAAGCUCACGGUGGCUUCGACAUACUUGUAAAUAAUGCCGCAAUAGCUGAUGACUCUCGUGGCGGAUUCAAACUACAAAUAGAAGUUAAUUUUUUGGCAGUAGUGACCUCAUCAUUUAAAGCAUUAGAGUUGAUGAGAGUAGACCAGGGAGGAAAAGGUGGCACCAUUAUCAACGUAUCAUCCGUAGUUGCGCUUUCUCAUGACUUAGGCCUGCUUCCUGUGUACGCUGGAACAAAGAGUGCUAUACUACAGUUCAGUUGUCGUCUUGGGAUGGAUGAACUUAAUUCACGUAAUAACGUGCGUGUACUGACGAUGUGUUUUGGCGCCACAGACACUAACAUUUUGAAAACUUGUAAAAGUUUUGACGAAGAAGUCACAGAAGUCAUAAGGGAAUAUUUCUUGACUUGUGACAUGCAAUCAACUGAAGCAGCGGCUCAAGGUGUUGUGCAUAGCUACAAAACGGGGAACAGCGGAACCGUGUGGCUAAUCGACAAGAACACAACAUUGGAUAUAACAGAUAAAAUAAAGAAAGCCAAUGAAAUAAUGUCUGCGGACCUCUUCACUUAG